AUGGCAAUGGAGCUUGGUGUCGGAUAUAAAUUUAGUCCUAGUGAUAUAGAGUUGAUUGAGUAUUAUCUGCUAAACAAGAUUACUAACCAACCAUUACCCAUACAAGGACAUGUGAUCGAAUGCGACGUCUAUGAUGAAAAACAAAUGUCCAACAUAUUCAACACUGUGAAAACCAAUCUCUACGUGUUCACACAGUUGAAGAAGAAGUCUGGAAAGGGGAAGAGAAUGGAUCGGACGGUGGGUAAGAUGGGUACGUGGAAAGCGAUCGAUGCGCCGAAGCCUAUUGAGGAUCACCGUGGAAGACUUAUCGGAGGCAAGCGAAGUUUGGAUUACGAGAACAAAGAACGGUCGGGCGAACACGGUGCAUGGAACAUGAAGGAAUACACUCUUGAUGCAACACUGUGA